CGCCGCCGCCGCCGGAAGUGACGCCGAAGGGAGCCGGAGCCGAGGCGAGCCCAGCGGCCUCUCUCCUUCCCUCCCUGCGGUGACAUUUCCGCUCCCUCCCCGCUGGGCCGAGGAGGAGGAGGAGGAGGAGGAGGAGAGGGCGAGGGCGAGGGCGAGCCGGUGGUGACGGAGGGAGGACACCCGGCCCCUCAUGCUCGAGCUGCUCCCUUCCGCGGGGCCUGAGGCCGGGAGGAGCCUCGGCGGCGGCCCUGGUGUGAGUUUGGUGGUGAAAAACAGCCAGAAUGACAACUUUGGGCACUCAAGUCUUCUGUCUGCAGAACAGGUGCAGCAGUGACAGCAGUAGCUGAAGGAUCUCGCAAGUUUAUCUGGGUCAGUCUAGGCCAGUACUUGUAAAUGAGACCUUAAAGAAGAACCUGAAUGUUGCAUGAAGUAAUGAUAUCAGUGCACCGCGAGAGGCACGUUUACUUCUAAGCAAGUACUUAGCUUGUCUUCUUGCAUAGUUGCUUUCCUCCUGAAGCCCUUGGCUAAUUUGUGCUGUCCGCUAGACUCUGUGAUCCAUGCUUUGAAACCAGGAGAGACUUAAAAUUUUGAAAUGAAGAUGGAGGCAGCAGACAAAGUAGAAGAACUCAUUGACCCAGAGGUUCCAUCAAAACUCCCAGAAAAACAAGAAGCAGCUCUGUGUGAAGAGGGACCUGUAGAACUAGAAAUGCAUGCCCAGAAAGAGAGUGGAGCUGCUGUGGAGGAUUCGACAGUGCUUGCCUCGAUGCCAUGCUUGCUGAUGGAACUGAGACGAGACUCGUCAGAAUCUCAGCUAGCAUCAACAGGGAGUGACAAACCAACAGCUGGCCGUGUUUAUGAGAGUGACUCUUCCAACCAUUGCAUGCUGUCCCCUUCUUCCAGUGGGCACUUGGCUGAUUCAGACACUCUGUCUUCCGCAGAAGAGAACGAGCCCAGCCAAGCUGAAGCAACUAUAGAAGGAGAUGCUUCUGCGGUAUCAGGGUCUACUGUUGGGAGGAAAUCCAGGCGGUCAAGGUCGGAGAGUGAAACCUCAACAAUGGCUGCAAAGAAAAACCGGCAGUCUAGUGAUAAGCAGAAUGGUCGUGUCGCCAAGGUCAAAGGUCAUCGGAGCCAAAAGCACAAAGAGAGAAUUCGGUUAUUGAGGCAGAAACGGGAGGCAGCUGCCCGCAAGAAAUACAACCUGCUGCAGGACAGCAGUACCAGUGAUAGUGACCUGACCUGUGACUCAAGCACGAGUUCAUCAGAUGAUGAUGAAGAAGUUUCAGGGAGCAGCAAGACAAUCACUGCAGAGAUACCAGAUGGAGCUCCGGUUGUGGGUCACUAUGAUAUCUCGGACACAAAUUCCGACCCGGAAGUGGUGAAUGUAGACAAUCUAUUGGCAGCUGCAGUAGUCCAAGAGCACAACAGUUCUGUCGCUAACCAGGACACUGGGCCUACUUGGAGGACGAGAGGGCUGCUAGAAGAGCUGAAUGCUGAGACAGAUCACUUGAAUGCUGGAUUCCUGGCAAGCGGCAAGGCCCCCAGCAGCAACACCCAGGUCAAUGAAGAAAUUAAUAUAGCAUCAUCAGAUAGCGAGGUGGAGAUCGUGGGAGUUCAGGAACACGCAAGGAAAGAAGUGUUUCAAGCGGCAAGGGAGAAAGGCAUUCCAGACAUAGGGAGAACUGAAAGCAGAGGUGGAAGUGAAGUGGAAGCAGAGGAGGAAGUCAAUGAGGUGUCAAAAGGCAAGGCAAGAAGCGAGAGCAAAGAACUGUUUGAGCAAAGAUGUGUCCAUCCUCGGGGAGGAGUGAUUCAGAGUGUGUCUUCCCGGAAACACGGCUCAGGCCUGCAGUGCACCCGGCAAUCUGAACCAUGGACAGGUGUGGCCCCCCCGCAGAAUUGGUCUUCGCCGCCCGAAGUGGUAGAUCUCACGCUGGACGAGGACAGCAGGCGCAAAUACCUACUGUAAUGCAACUUCACUGUGUUUUCUAGUCACUUAGCCCUCUCCUUCCUUUUGUGGCACAGAAGUUUCUGGUUAUCGCCUCGGUGUUCAAAGCCUCUGCUCCUGGCAUUCUGGAAUUCAGAGUCCUCCGGGAGGGUUUCCUCCUCUUCUGAACUCCUCCUCCCCCCCCCCCGACACCCUCCAAUUAAAAUUGCAUCAUCAAGAACUUUCCUUGAGAUACUGACCCCUCUGUAGUCAAAGGGAGCUUUUCCUCUUACGGAAAACUUAGUGGCACUGUACUUCAAUAACAACUUCCAGGGUUUUUUUCAUUGUGUGUGAUUAAUUUAGUGCAUUCGUUGACAGCAGCAGUGACACCUUCCAACCCACGCCCUUUAGAGAGCCGUACAGUUGCUUUAAUUCACCACUAAAACGGAUGUCGCUGGUACAUGUGGGGCUUUAUUAUUAUUUUUCCCCUUGCAUUUUUUUAAUUUAAAAAUAAAUAAAUAACACCACUGGCCCAAUUUGUUCAUAGCUCUGAAUGCCCUCAUCAGGAUUGUAGUAUAACUGUGGGAGCUUAGAAGGGGGCAUUCGUAACGCAAGUUGAUUUGGUUGUAAAACCGGGAGGAAUUGAUCACAAAAGGCCUAUAGCAUGCACUGAGCAGCUCUAUUUAAAACCCUAAAGAUUGUUCUCGACAUAAUUUAUAGCUUGCACACUGCUCAGUGCUCAGUCUCCUCAUAAUAAUGCCUUUUAUUUUUUCUCUCUAGACUACUGUACUGUUACUGGUCAUUUGGCCCAGAUUGUUACAGCUUUGUUUUGUUUUGUUAUUGUUGUCGUUCACCCGAAGCAAACAAAAGCACAAGGAAGCGAAGCAUCACAAAAGUACCUAAUUCUGAUCUCAGGUGUGGUUUUCAUGUUAAGCUUUAAAGGUCUGGGUGCAGCCUAACCCGUAUCUCUACGUGUUUGGAGGUAUGUAAAAGCAGAACAUGAGCACCAGAGUGGAUCCUUCUGCCCUGGGCUGCAUUUGUACAAAGGAAUUUUGGUUUUUUAACAAACCUUCAGCACACUAUCCUUCCUGUCCUCCACUUGGCAAGAGAAGAAUUAGAGGAGGCUGCUGGGUCGCUAGGGACUUGCCUUCCAAGGGAAGCGUUUUCGCAGCUGGGCGAAUGUUUACAGAGUAGGCCCAGUUCAGUCUCUUCCCAGGGUGACUGGAACCUACUCUGUUCGAAACAGAGCAAGAAAUAACUCGCGGAGAGGAAGCCUCCCGUAGCUUCUCUGAAUAUUACCACCCUACAGAGGAAGGCAUGAGGCUUUGUAUGCAAAGCAUGUAUGAUCAAAAGUAGAACAUAUCCUGUUACAUAGCCCCUGAGAAUUACCCAGCACAGCUUUGCCUCCAUUCAUUUGAUUGCUGCCGCAGAAAGAGCAGCGAAAUCUGGAGCAGCAAGGGAAGCUUUGCCACAUAUAUGGAUCACUUCAUGAGGACGAAAAAAGAAUGGGAGGGGAUUGGGGUUUCCUUUUGUGUGUGUGCAUCUUCAGAGACGAGGUGUUAAUCUGUAAGUGUACCUUUGCUUUUCUUCCAUACAUGAGAAAUGGCCCUUGAUUUUACCUUCUUUUAAAAACUCGACUGAGCACUGCUGGGCUUCACCAGCUCUUGGGUUUAUGCCCCUUGGCUUUAGAACGGUUCCCUGGCCCAGAUUCUGCAAAUGCCUUCUGCAAGCCAGGAUUUCUCCUUCCCUGCAUGCCUUCUGUUCUCUUGCAAGGGCUGGGAGGACUUAGAGAGCAACAUGAUGGCAGCUGGACUCAUUGGGCACAUUAGAUCUUCAUGUUUGUCCAGUCCCCUUUAGCUGUGGAGUCCAUUGCACACCCAGACAAAGUUGUUUUGCUGGAUCCCUGAUCAGUGUUGGCUUCAAUCAUUAGUGCAUCUGGUGCAGUUUCUGAAUAAUAUGUGGGCAAUGCCCUUCGUUCCUCAAGACUCCUUGAAUGCCUUGACAGUUCGAAACUGCAUUCCUGCAGUUGUUUAAGGUCUCUUAUUGGUCGCUAUAAAAUGAUCUUUCCUUAUGCAACGGCAGUAGCUGUUGGUGGACCAAACCUUUGCAUAUGGUAAAGUUACCACUCUGUACCUGGGUUAUCAAGGAGUAAGAAUAUUCUCUCUCUGGAAGUGUAGGACACGCCAAAGCUGAAAAGCAACUUCAGUUCAUGCUGAGCCUUAUAAGAACAGAAGAGGAAUGUCCUAACAUUCAGACAGGUGGUAUUGGAAGGGAAACAAUCUGGAUUGCCAUGCUUCUUGUUGUCCAUAAAAGCCCUAGAUAACCUAUGCAUUCCCCAAGUGAGGUUGGGGGGCAGAUCAAGCCCUUGGUCCCACUGAGUUUUGCUGAAAGCCAAGCCAAGAGUCUGCACUUUGGGGGCAGUUCAGUCAUCAUUUACACUGGAGUAGAUACAGCCUGUUGAAUAGACAUUGGUUAAGUGGUUAAUGACACACAGCCAGCUUUCAGUUUAAAAUCUCCUUGUUGUGCAAUCCCUGCUUGUGUUGUUACGUUGAACUGAACAACGUUUAUGCUUCCCACAAAGUUCUUUAUGCUCAACUAGAUCACGCUGCCAGUUCUAAAAAGACUUUUCUAAGUCCCCAUCUGCUCGUCAUUUGAAGGACAGCAUGGGGCUUGUUUGCCCUUCUUAGUUUGGUUCACUGGGCAAGACUUUUGGGAGAGGGUUGCCUUAGAUAGCUCUGCAGAUGUGGCAGGCCUUGAGAUUGCUCUUGAUGCCAGCUAUGAGCAGUUUUGCUGGCGUUAUAAAGUGGGAAGGAUGUGGUCACUCUUAAAAGAACAACUUGAUAACAGGUUUCUGCAGAGGGGAUGAGUUGUAUCUCCUGCUCUCCCCACACUCUCUGUCAAUGACCACAAGGUGGACUUGGACUCUGGGACUCGGAUUUUGUUGUCAGAUGGAGGCAGUCAGGACUUGAUUUGUUGAACAGAUAGUGCUUUGUUGUCCUGGCCACAGUUCCAAUAGAAACCACUGGGCUUGCCAGCUUUUGAUCUGGAGACUGCACCUGUUGCUUCAACACCUGCGAGGUGGUGAGGCCUUAUUUCAGACUGUAGGCAAAGGAAUUGCAUGUUUCAGGGCUCUGCCAUCUUAGCAACAUCCCCACAAAAUGGAAAAUGAGGAUGUUUGAGAGAAGUCUAGGCUGCAGCUCCCUCUCUGAAGUAGUGGCCCAGGCUCAGGAAACAAUUUUUUUUGGAAAAGUAUUUUCAUGGGCAGUUUCUUCCGCCUUCAGCCUGCAAUGUUAACAUGAUUAUGCUAACUUUGGGAACAGUGUCUCCUUCCCCCGAGCUAAAAUUGCCAGAUUGUGAAAUCUGAGUCCUGCUUGCUAUGGUAGGCAAAGCAGCAUGGACCGAAGAUGUACAGCAGACCCAGGCAGUGGUUGCCAGAACAGCAGGGUGGUGUGGCAUUACUCACCUGCCAUCCAUCUCAACAUGGAAGUUGCUGCUGGUAGAGGCGAGGGAGGUCAGCGCACUGCGGGAGCAGCAGCAGAGCCAAUCUGACGCUGUGUCCACACCAACCUCCUCUCCUCUCCCUCUCGGCUCUUGGUAGAAUCCCCCAUGUUGGAUAGCCAGGUGGGCAACGCCACUCCACCAGCCGCUACUGUGCACAGGACACAUUGGCCCUAAACGGUGUCUUCACCUACCACCCAAGGCUGUUAAAGCUAUCAGUUGUGCCUGCAGAUCUUUUGCCGCAAAGGCCACCCCUUCUUUUUCUCCUCACUCGCUGGUUCCAUUGCUCUCAAACUACAUUGCGAAAUGAACACCAGGCUCAAAGUCACCUGUGCACGAGAAAGCUGCUUGGGAACUGCUUUCUCGUGGCCCUGUCCCAUGUGGUUGGAGUGUGUGUGUGUGUCUGUCUGUGUCUGUGUGUAUGAGAAUGGCACUGCCAUGAGGCAUUGGCCAGCUGCCUAGCUCUUCCCAGCUGGUUGUGGCAUGCUGGCAAUCAGGUGAGAAACACCAGUCGGCCUGCAUGUCCAUUUCCAGCUUUCACGCAUACCUGUGACGACUGCAUGGAUUGCAUCAUGGGGAAGUAAUUCAGAUGGAGGUGGGUUUGAAAAGCACCGGAGCAAGCUAACCAGGCAGCCUCUGGCUGAGAACGGCUGCUUCGUUACUACUGUUAAUGAAGUUGCCUUUUGAAACAUGAAAAUUGGCUCUCUUUAGAAAAUCUAUGAGCCAUGCUGGUCUACUAAGCUGGUAAUCCGAGUAUCCUCCCUUUUACGCUGGCCAGUACCAGAAGCAUCUAGGAGUCCUUCCUUUUUUUAAAAAAAAAAGAAAGAAACAGAAGGAAAGAAAAAAAACUUUGUAUAUGCUGUGACUUCCAUGUACAUAUAAAAAAUAUGACUGCAUUCUAACCAAACUUCCUCCAAUUGUGCACUGUGUUUGUUUUUAAAGGAAUCAUGAACUCCAAGCUUGAUAACCAGUUCAUGUCUCUCUCUUUUAAUUUAAAAAACGAAACAAAAAACACUACGUUUCUUUUGCCGACUUGGAUAAUUUUUCUUAAAGCUAUGUUCUUUUAAAAAAGAAAGAGAAAAGAAACAAAAAAUUCAAACCGCAAUCACUGGAUAGUUAAUACAUUACUUCUUCGUCUUCUUUUUCCUUUCCCCCCUUAUCUUCUUCAUCAUCUUUGUCUGAGAGAGCAAAAGGUCGCUGGGACUGAUUUUCUCUUUUCUCAAUGGAUAAGUGAAAUUGUAGCCAUCGUAUGGCUAAGAACAAAUGCACUUGAUCGUCCUUGCACACGCCUGUGAAACAUGCACCCAUCCUGGCUUCCCAGGCACACCUUGCAAAGCAGCAGGAUCUUUGAUAAAAAAAUGUGGCGUUUGUGCCACAAAAAUACAGAUUCUACCCAAGAAACUGGCAGGCUGCAUCUUGGGCUCUUUGUUGUCCUUACAGGCCUGGUUUUAGCAGCUCUGCUCUUCUUGCUGGAGCUCAAGCUUGGAAUCUUCCAGUGGAGACAAAAAAAAUAAAA